AUGCCUGCGGUGUCGGUAGCAAAUGGGGCGGCUCCCGCUGCGGCGUCAUCAAUCGAUUUGCCGUUGUUCGACAUCUCCCAAGAAUCACCGGAGCUGGGGCGAGAGAUUGUCCAGGCCGCUGCAAAGCACGGAUUUCUGUGGAUCGCAGGAUCGCCACCGCCGGCGUCCCAGACCAGCGACGGCGGUGAAUACGACCUCGACGCCGCGACGGUGCAGAACGUCUUCGAGAUCAGCAGCCACUUCUUCAAGGGCGCCAGCGCGGCGGACAAGGCGGCCUGCAAGAUCACAAAGAACCGCGGCUUCGUCGACAUGCAGGUCGAGAAUCUCGAUCCGCAGAGCCACACGCGCGGCGACUUCAAGCAGUGUUUCAACCUCGCGGAGCCGGACCCGGCGAACGGCGCGUGGCGACAACCCCUUCCCUCGCAAUUCUCAGAGGUCCAUGCGGAGGCUGCGCUGCGCGAUUUCCACGCCCGCUGUCGCGCCAUGGCGACCCGGAUACUGCGCCUGAUCGCGCUGGGGCUGGGUAUCGAUGACGACCCGGACUGGUUCGUCCGGUCACACGAAAACUCGCCAUACACGGUGCGCAUGCUCUAUUACCCCCAGCUGCCGCCCGACAGCGACUACCGCGCUGAAGCCGACAUCCGCGCCGGCGCGCACAGCGACUAUGGCAGCAUCACCCUGCUAUUCACGCGGCCGGGCCAACCUGGGCUGGAAAUCCUGCGGGACGACGGCACCUGGGCCCGUGUCCCCGUGUCCCCGCCGGGUUACCACGACCGGGAGUUUCCACCCGUGGUCGUCAAUAUCGGCGACCUGCUCCAGUUCUGGACCAAUGGACUCCUCAAGUCGACCGUGCACCGCGUCGUGCUCGUCGAACCCGAGCAAGCAGACGAGCGCGUCGCCGCGACAUCCUCCGCCCUCGGAACAGACAGAUACUCCAUCGCCGUGUUUGUCCAGCCGGCCGACGACACCGUGCUGGUCCCCGUGCCGUCGCUGGCGGUCGAGGAGCGCACAGCCACGUUCCGAGAUGCCCAGAUCGGUCGUGGGGGCGGCUCGGCGACGGCGGGUACGUUGGGCCAGACGACGGCGGGGGAGCACUUGCUUGGGCGGCUGAGGGCGACGUAUGGUGUUGCUGUGACGGGAUAG